CGUGUGCAAGGCUGGAAAGGGUGACACAAACACGGUUGUGAUACUGUGUCCCGGUGUGGAUGAGAGACGUUUGUAAACAUGGGCCCGCAGGAUCUUGUAUCUCGUCUCAAUCGUAAAACUGUUCUGCAGUCUGCAGGGACAUCUGUCCUCCUGUACGUGGCCUACCGCGUAAUCAGGUUCCUGGUCUGGUAUCGGCGUCUCUUCAGCUUCUUCAACAAGUGUCAGGGUGUCAAGGACUUCUCCUGGAGGACCGGCAACCUGCAUUUGUUCCCUAAGGAGUUUGAGAAGCGUGCUGAAGUGGAGAAGGAAUGGAUGAGGAGAUACCCCAAGUAUUUCCGGCUCUGGAUAGGACCUCUCAAUCCAGUCAUCAGGGUGUACCAUCCAGACUCUAUCAGAGCCAUCAUCAAGUCAUCAGAGCCAAAGCCGAGGGGAUUUGGAGGCCCAUAUGAAACAUUACUGCCCUGGCUGGGGGAGGGUCUCCUGAUUGCGGGGGGACAACGCUGGUACCGAUCUCGCCGCCUUCUCACCCCCGCCUUCCACUUCGACAUCCUUAAACCCUACGUCGACGUCUCCAACAACGCCAUUGACACCAUGAUGGAGAAGAUUGACAAGCACGUGGAGGAAGGCACCAGCUUUGAGGUGUUCAACAUGAUCAGCAUGUGUACAUUUGAUAUCCUGUUGAGGUGCGCCAUGUCUGUCGAGGAAAACAUACAGCAACAGGGGCAAACACACCCGUAUGUAAACGCAGUGAAUGACUUACUCGCCCUGGCUGUAGACCGAAACAUCAACCCAUUGCACUUCUUUGACUUCAUCUUUUACAACUCGUCCGAGGGGAAGAAGUUUAAGAAGCAGUGUGACUUUGUACAUCGCUGGGCGGAAGACAUCAUCGACAAGAGGCGACAGACCUUGGAGAGAGAUGGACCCCCCAAGACCCGCUACCUCGACUUCUUGGACGUCCUGCUGAGUGCCCGAGAUGCUGAUGACAAGGGCCUCACGCCGCUGGAGAUCAGGAAUGAAGUCGACACGUUCCUCUUUGAAGGUCACGACACAACGGCCAGUGGGAUAUCAUGGACGCUGUUUACCAUGGCCUCCAAACCCGAGUUCCAGACCCGGAUACAGAAUGAACUGGACACACUACUGGACGGAAGAGAGUCCAAGCACAUCACCUGGGAUGACAUCCCCAAGAUGGAGUAUCUGACGCGAUGUCUGAAGGAAGGAAUGAGGUUCCACUCGCCCGUUCCGUUCGUCAGUCGGAAACUGGAGAAUCCCAUGAACAUUGACGGGAAGGUCUUUCCAGUAGGAACCCUUGUAUCACUGGGGAUAUGGAAUAUUCAUCACAACCCGGAAGUGUGGGAGGAUCCGGAUGUAUAUGAUCCAGAUCGGUUUCUGCCCGAGAACAUCCAGAAGAAGGACACCUACGCAUAUAUCCCUUUCUCAGCUGGUCCACGAAACUGUAUCGGACAACAUUUCGCCCUAAAUGAGGAAAAGGUCAUGCUUGGAAGAAUUCUUCAAAGAUACAAGUUAGAGGUAGAUAUGAGCCACAAGGUCGGACGAAGAACUGCCGGCGUAAUGAAGUCGACUGAAGGACUGUGGGUGUUCGCCAGACACAGACACUGAACAUUCCAGCGGAACAUAUUGACACUGAACAUUCUAACAAAAGGCGGACAUUCUAUUUCCGUGCCCACGCUGAAAGCGCACAUACAAAUUUAACAUUAAUUGUGUUGGAUUUAUUAUUAUUGUUUGCAAUCUAUUUUAUGCCUUCAUUAACACUAUAACUUACUCCACAAAAAACAGGCUGUGCCCCUGUCACUGUUGGAAUAACCACACGUUAUGCACAAUUGUGUGCGUGUGUUCAGAAAGAUUUGUCACAAAUAUAGCGAAUGUCAUCUGCCGUUUACUGAGAAAACAAUAAGUGGAAUGCUUAACGUUAUCCUUGAUAACAUCUAUGUAACAUUUAGGGAAGAAGUAGACAUUCCCGUGGGCACCAACUGUGCUCCACGUCUUACGGAUCUGUUUCUUUAUGCAUAUGAAUUUGAAUUUCUGUUUGGAUUAACAAUACCAAAAACAAGGGAAUUUGGCCAUGAAGUUUAACUUAAGCUUCAGGUAUAUCGAUGAUCUGAUAUCGUUCAAUAACAACAAAUAUCCUUCCACUAAUUUACCCACUGAACUAGAAAUAUGAGACCAGUGUGACCGCCUGAUCUGUUUCAAAUUUAGAUACAUGCAUCAAUCUUCAGAGUGACAAAAACAAGAGGGAUUUUCCUGUUAACAUUCCCUUUAUCUCGAGCAAUAUUUCGACAGCUCCAGAUUGUGUUGUCCACCUGUCUACGUAUGUAGCACAAUGGGGCACGCUCUUUCUACGCAGAAUUCAAAGACUCCGGCUCAAGAACUGUUUUAUCAAGAAUACAACAUUCAAGGCCUCAAUAAAGCUUUCAAAAGUCUUUUGGUAGACAUUUUGAGACCAUAUUCAAAUUUGAAAAAUGUUCCGAUGGAAAUAUUUUGACUUGUAUCAUUUGUCCCCACUUUUUUUAAAGGUGAACAAAUGACUUGCGUUUGUCUGUUUCUGACGGGUGCUACCGGUGAAGUAGGUUUCGCCCACCUCCACGCGGACGCCUGGUAUAACCACUACUUGAUAGUGUUUCAUAAAUAGAUGCUCAUGAUAUAGUCGGAUUGUACAAUCCAGUCUGCUUUCAGCAGAGGAUUCUGAUAAAAAUUGGACGGGUUUCGACGCUUUAUUUAUGUAUCCACAAAUAUAUAGGAAGAAAAUAUAUUUUGAAGUUGUAAAUGCUUCAAACGCAUUCACAUGCUAAAUGUAUUCAACUAUUGGUAAAAGUGCACAAGUGAAUUGGGUUAAAAGCCGCUUAGAACACUAUUUGGGUUAAAUCACGGCGUCCAUCUCCUGUUUGAGGAAUGUCCGGAUUACUGGACAGUGAUUCAGGUAUUAGACAACUUUGGUAAAACCUACGAGAAAACUCGUCAAACCAAGGGUCAUAAUCAGGUCAAAAAUAGAAUUCGAACCCACCAUCACAUAUGGUCCUUGCACGACUAAGGGACGCUACUCUGCAUUGUUAUUGUUCAAUCAUAACAUUGUCAAAUGUCUCCAUUAGAGAUCGCGUAAGAUGAACUUUUGUAAUCAGGCAAUCACAUUCGAGGCUUCUAAAUGCAUGGUACAAGUGAGGAGUUCAGGUAAGCAUAUGUGACUGUUUUUAACGAAUAUAAUCGGGGAGUUCCGAAUGCAUAAGAAUAAAGCCUCACCAUAAUAUUGUUGUCUAAUUAUGCCUUCUCUUGUUUCGCGGCACCAUCCCAUCUACACUCGACAGAGUGUAUUAUCAAGAGUACUAUUGUUUAUUGUGGCGGUAUUCUCUUACUGUGAUCGAAAUUUCCGAAUCGAGGUGGUAAGAAAAAAAGCCGAAAUGUUUUAGAAAGCUGACAUCUGAUUGGCUCAUCAGAUCUUCAAUCAGAGAGGUAUCGCAUGCAAGUCAGAGAUCUGAUUUGAAUGCGAUUGGCGUCGUGAUAGCAUCAUAUUCGUCACGCAAUCCAGGAUAACCAGUCCUUGACUUCAGAACAGCGUGGUCCAUGUAUGGCAUUACGGCACAGUAGACUGUCUACCCAAUACAAUCAUAAGUGUAUGUUUGGAAAACUUCUAAAGAAACAGUUUUGCCACAUUUUGUGCCGUUAAGACCCAGAAUAUUAUAGUUUUGAAUAAUAAACAAAAUAAAUAUAACAUAAGUCUAAUCGUCGUUCAUAUGAGCGUAUGUAAUAAUUUCCUGUGCAUUGCGAUAACAGAUACAAUCUGUCCUCAGUGUAUCUAUAAUUUGUAUGGUUGUCAGGAAUUUGACAAUAUCAGCUGUUACAUGGAAGAUGUGCAUCUAAUUUCAACACUUGGUUACAUCGAGAUCAGAUAACAGCGAUGCUGCUCAUCUCGUUGCAUGCCAUUAUUUCUGUCAAUGUUCGUGUUAAGAUAACAAGUGGUUUGUUUUCAUUGUACAGUGUGAGUUCCUCAAUGAUGAUGUUAGGGAAACAUAGCUGAUCUAUAGGUCUAACUUGCCAUACCAUCCUUUGUAUGCAAAUUGUUUUCACACGGAAAUUAGGGACGGUGCCCUCUACCACACGGAAUAAAUAUCCUUAAGAAAAUAGUUUUGCUGCUUGGCAUUUAGGAAUGAAUGUGUCCUGUCAGUUAUUCUGUAUACACUUCCCCUUGAAAACUGGCUUAAUUUCAAAACACUGCGUAUCGCCAAAAAGUAAUAGAUUUUCAUAAAAUAAUUGAUAUCGAUCGCAGGAAUAUAUUUAAGCUUUACUUCAACCAAAUAAAUUCGACAAUUUCUGAGAAACUGACAGAUAGCAAGGAUUGAUGACAUGC